GGUCCCUGUAGCCCCUCCCUCGCAGUGUCAGACGCUCAGGCAGUUCUGCAGAGUCCAAUCCAGAGGUUUCUUAUCCUCCCACGCCAGUCUCUGGGCCGAAAGCAGCGAAGCAUUUUGGGAAGCCACCGCCCCCUUCCCUCUCCCCGGUACAGCUUUGCGUUCCAGAUUCCCAGGCGCCUGCUGAUUGCGUCAUAGCGACUCACUUCCGGCAGGCUCAUCGUGGGCUCCCAGUACACACUUCCGGUUGCCGUGGUUGCCAUGGAGCAGUUUGGGGGCCCGCAGAGAGUGUUGUCCUACCUGCAGGAGGUGGAGGGGAGAGCGGAGGAUGUGCUGGGGAAGCGGCGGCAGAUUGUGGAUUUGGAUAUAAAGAGAAACCAGAACAGAGAAGCCCUGAGGUCUCUCAGCAAGGACCCCUCUCCAGCAGACCAAGAGCAGCUGGAUAAAGAGAUUUCAGGGCUUCGCAGGGAGCUGAAAGUGAAGGUGAAAGAGCUGUACGAGGCCCAAGGAAAGCCAGAGCUAAAAGGCUUCGACCUGGUGGCACUCUCGACAGAAGAGAUGAAAUCCAUUCAGAAGGCGCUGGGAGAAUGAGGCUCUGCUAGAUAACAGCAUUUGGGGCAGAUCAUCCUUAUCUUGGGCCCUCACAGCGCAGGGACUUUAGUUCCUACAGUACGGAUCUAUCUGAAUCAGAUGAAAGAACUUAUAGUGCAACAUGAAUGUUACCCCCAGGUGCAGAACCUCUAAUUCAUUACAAUUUGAUUAACUCCUUGUUCCUUGGAUUUAUGUACAGUGCAACUUAGAAGACACUUAGCCUUUAAUUCUGAGGAGCAAGGUGCAAUUGCCAUAUUUAGGGGUUAAUUUAUCUACUGCUUCUUUUCUAACUGGAUUCAGUUCAUCCCACAAUCCUGUGUAUUUGUACUGUGCAUAGACUGGAUGGCUCUACCCACUGGUAUCCUUGGGGCUCACGCCUGCACCCCGGAUGUUAUUUGAAUCAUAUGGGUGUGGCUCACUGAGGCCCCACUAGCUGGAGGGCACACACAAAGGUUGGACUGAGCUGGGAAUCCCCAUCCACCAUCUUAUCUGAGCUUUGUACCUAUAACUCUAACACUCCUUAACACGUUAUAUCUGAUGGGCUCUGCAUGGCAGGCUUUGUGGUGGCCCCCUGCAGGGCCCAGUCUUUGCUUUGUUGGAGGGAAUAAAGCUAGGGUACCUGUCAGGACUGUGCGUAAAUAUCUGUACCCCAUUAUAUAGUAAAGAAUAAGUGAUUAACCCCAUUGCUGCUGAGCUGCUAGUGACACAGUCACAGAAGUGCUGGCAGGUCACCAUGAGCCCGUCAGAAUGGUUGCUGUGUAACCAGAACUCAUGUCUCCUAGAGGACUUUAGGCCGGCAGUGGGCUUCUUAGGGCUCAUUUACCAGUGCAGUACAUGGCACAAAGGACACCUUUAAGACACAAAUCAGAAUUCAUAAAUAAAAGUGUCUGGUACAAUUGCACCACUAUACCCACGAA